CCAACUUCACUUCAUAGUACUUACUUAACCUCUAAAUGGUUCUUGUUUAUUACACACUCGCCCCUUUAAACUAUAAUCAGCCCUAAAUGAUCGUAAAAGGGGUGCAAUUUGUGGUUGAAGAACAUGUUUCGUAUUAUUAGGUCAAACGUACUGAAGCUUCCGAAACCUCCCUAGCAUUUUUAGAGGUGGUCAAAAUUAAGAGAUGGAGUACGAUUAUGUUAGUUUUCGUUCCGAAAUGGACUUUCACAACAAGUGCUGCGGCGGAAUGAUUUGGUGUAUCCGCGAUAUUUGCGGCAUCAUCUGCGCAAUCCUGACGUGGUUUCUUAUUCUUUACGCCGAAUUCGUCGUGAUGUUUAUUAUACUAAUACCGACGUCUUACAGCCUUUACAGUCUAGCAAAUAUGAUCAUAUUCCAAUCGUGCACGUUUCUCGCGUUUACCUCACAUUUAAGGACGAUGUUUACCGAUCCGGGUGCCGUGCCAAAAGGUAACGCGACCAAGGAGAUGAUUAAACAGAUGGGAUUUCGGGAGGGGCAGGUUAUUUUCAAGUGCCCGAAGUGUUGUAGUAUCAAACCGGAAAGGGCGCAUCACUGUUCCGUCUGUCAAAGAUGCAUACGCAAAAUGGACCACCACUGUCCAUGGGUCAACAAUUGCGUGGGCGAAAACAAUCAAAAGUACUUUGUGUUAUUUACGUUUUAUAUCGCCGCCAUCUCGUUGCACUCCCUAUUUCUCGCCGCCAAUCAGUUUCUUACCUGCAUUCGGACCGAGUGGAGGGACUGCACGGCGUACUCUCCACCGGCGACCGUCGUUCUGCUUCUGUUCCUCAUCUUCGAGGCGCUGCUUUUCGCCAUCUUCACAGCGGUCAUGCUCGGCACGCAGGUGCAGGCGAUCUGGAACGACGAGACGGGCAUCGAGCAGUUGAAGAAGGAGGAGGCGAGAUGGGUGAAGAAGUCGAGGUGGAAAAGUAUACAGGCGGUUUUCGGACGAUUUUCUAUCGGAUGGUUCUCGCCGUUCGCCGGACCAACUCCCAAGACUAAAUACGAGAACUAUUUAUAUUCGGUUUAAGUCAAUUCUUUUUUAAUUUAUAUACCUACCGCUACUGAGAAUUUUUUUAAAUGAUGUACUGAAUGUGGUCGAUCUAAUACAUUUGUUUAAUUUAA